CAGUAGUUGACAGGUACCAUAUGAUGACACCUAUGCUCGCAGUUACUUCGGUAAAGUGACGGUACAUGGCCGCCUCAUGGGAGAUCACAGUUUGUUACUGGGAAAGUGACUUAUACGAGUGGUUACAUUGCACAACAGGAAGUUGUCAGCCGACCACCGGAAGAUAGAAACUAGAUCUCCCGGCAUCCUCUACUGCUUCCGGCGUCGUAGCCGAGGCUACCCUAACCUGUUUUGUGACUAGAGUUAGCGGGGAGGCUAAGAGAACGAUGAAGGAUGAGGGGAGACACAAGAAGAGGAGGCCGCACAGCCCGGACACUAUGGCGAUAAAGGAGGAAAGGGGGAGCCCGAACCGGCGGCACCGGGCACGUCGAAGCCCGAGCUCCGGAAGCAGCCAAGGCGACUUUCCGGCGGCCCGAAGAAGGAGCAGGUCACCAGGGAAACGGAAAAAGUCAUCUAUCAAACGAAGCAGAUCUCCAAGGAAUAGGAGGCACAGAAGUGACAGCAGAAGUCCACCAAACCUUCCUGUAAAAAUAAAGCAGGAAAGAGAUGAGCACUCACACAGAGAACAUGAUGAUCGGCAGCCAAUGUAUAGGGAAGAUGAUCCCAGAAGGAACAGACAUAGAGACCAAACAGACAGAAGCCGUCAAAACAUGCCACGGCAUAGAGAAAGGAAGCAGGAGGAGAACCAUUUAAGAGAGCAAAGAGCAGAAAGAGAAUUCCACAAUGACAGGAGGAGAGAAAGAAGGGAGCAACAAGAACAACAAGGAGGAGGAGGAGGAGAAGAAGAGCAAGGAAAUGAAUCUGAUAAUACUAGUAAUAAGAAAGAAGCACCAAAUUUUGAACUUUCUGGUGCAUUACUUGAAGACACAAAUACUUUCAGGGGUGUGGUAAUAAAGUACAGUGAGCCCCCUGAAUCUCGCAUCCCAAAGAAACGUUGGCGAUUGUAUCCUUUCAAGAAUGAUGAGGCUCUCCCAGUCAUGUACAUCCAUAGACAAAGUGCAUACUUGCUGGGCAGGCAAAGGCGGAUUGCUGACAUCCCCAUAGAUCAUCCAUCUUGCUCCAAACAACAUGCUGUCCUGCAGUACAGGAUGGUGGCAUUUACCCGUGCAAAUGGAACAAUGGGUAGACGGGUCAGACCGUACAUCAUUGACCUUGGGUCUGGCAAUGGCACUUACCUGAACAACCAAAGAAUUGAGCCACAGCGGUACUAUGAACUGAAAGAGAAGGAUGUACUGAAAUUUGGCUUCAGCAGCAGGGAAUAUGUAGUUUUACAUGAAUCCUCAGAUACUUCAGAAGUGGACAAAAAGGAGGAAGAUGAUGAUGACGACGACGACGAUGAUGUUCAGGAUGAAGAGGAGGCAGAUGGUUAACAAGCUUGUUCUCCACUUGCUUGUCAAAUGGACCAGUAAUAUCAAUAUCAGGUUGUAAUGUAUGUUUUUCUGGCCUGGAGUAUUUUUAAGAGUUCUGUCUUAUUGUUUCAUUAACACAGUGUUUCCCAAACAGGGAGCCUCCAGGUGUUGCAAAACUACAACUCCCAGAAUGCCUGGACAGCCAAAGGCUGUCCAGGCAUGCUGGGAGUUGUAGUUUUGCAACAUCUGGAGGCUCCCUGGUUGGGAAACACUGCAUUAAGAUCUUACGGAACUAGUGGCAUUGUGUUCUUCUUUCCAAUCCUCAGGUGUAAUUGAACAGCAUUUCUGUGAACAAUUACUUCAGAUACAUUUUGUACACACUGUUGUUUUUAUUCUGUAAAUUUGUAACUGUAUAUUGUAUUUGUUUCUUUUUAUUUCUAGAAGACUAGCGCCACUCAUGUAAAGGUAUCACGUACUGAUAUUAAACAGUUUGGCUCCCAAAUACUUUACUGUAUUGGCUAAGAAACACUGUAAUGGUGUAGCUAGAUAAAGACCUGUUCGUAAAAGCUUAAAGGGGUACUCCAGUGAACUGAAAUUAUUAGACACUUAUCCCCUAUCCGGGCUACUUUCCUGUCCUUGGCCCCCACCUUUCUGGACGAGAGCAAGUGAUGGCCUGCUCGGCUAGUCACCAACAGCAGCCAUGUCCUGCCUCAGGAUAUCAUGCACCUUAUUAUCAUGGAUUUAUCAUGUAAAAGCCAAGGAUUAGCCCCAGUGACUGACAAUGAGGCUGCUUCUUCUGUGAACCCAGAAAUCUAAGGAUUAGUCUCUCAUUUCUGCCACAGAAAUGCAGGUUAUAUUUAUUGAUAUAUUAUUUAAGACCCGUACCUCACCCAUGUUAUAGUUCCAUGCAUGUGGUCAUAGAUGAGAUUUUUUUUAAUCCACAUGUUGCAGAUUUUCUUCAUGCAGAAAUUGACCUGUGGUAGGAAGAUGAUGUUAGAAAGUGUGCUAAAGAUUACAAGGCACUUAAAAACAAUAUUAAAAUAUUAUUGGGGGGG